UUUUUUGAUUAUCAUUCAAAUGUUUUCUUUCUUUCCUUCUUUAUAAUAUAUCUACUUUUUCGUUUGGGCGAUUCAAUAAAUUUCUGCUAUAGACUUUAUUUGAGACCCCCUUGUUCAUCGAAUUAUUUCAUACUGCAUGCGACCAAAAAUCUCUGUAUCAUUGCACAAUGUUCAUGAAAAUACUAAAUGCGUUAACGUGUUACCAGAAAUUAUACUUAGAUUUGUAUUAUUCUCUUGGUAGAAUGAUAACGUUGCAAGAAAUUGUUUUAUCGGGAAGGUAGCAUUUUAUAUUGCAUAAGAAAGGAAAGAAAAAGAUGAUGAAAAGAACAAAGACGAAAUGGCUGAUUUAAAAUUUUAUGUGUGUAUAUAUAUACGGUAUAUAUUUUUUCUUUAAUUAAAGCGUAUUUUAACUGUUCAAACUUUAUAUAUUGUUUAUAAGGAUUUAUUUCCUUAUGGGUAUUUAACACGUUCUUUGGUUUUACACUUGCUAUGAAAUUUCGAAUAAUUUUAAUUUAAUUUAAACUAUAAAUGAUAAUUUAUUGAUAUUUGAAGAAAUGAACAGGAGCUGUAUCUUCUUUUAAGAUUUCUGUGAGUAGAGAGAUUAGAAUUUUGCUUUUUGUCUUACAGAAAGUCUGGUCAGAGGUAUUUAAUCAGAGAAAUGUGUAUUUAAUAAGGCUGAUAAGUAGAUUUUUAAUAAUUUUUUCCAAAGAAUUGAAUAAUUAUAUGGGUUUAAGUAAAGAUACGCUUUUUCUUUCUUUCAUUUUACAUCCUUGUUUUCUUUUUUUUUUUUUAGUUUAAUGUUAUUUAUUUGAGCCAUGUAAGUUUAAUAUUUCAUAAAUUGUUCAAAUAUCAUUAGCACGAUCUGUAUUCAUAUUUUUGUUAUGUAACUGUCGUUAUCAUGGAUGCUAUUUAAGUCAGUGUUUGCUAGAUGGAAGUAAAAGUUGGACGUUUUGUGACGUUUCUGUGUGAAUUGUAGUAAUUAGGAAAAGAAAUGUAUUUAUUUCCCUUUAAACUUUUCACUUUAAUGUUUAUUUCUUUUUUAUAAGUUUUGAUCAUAAAUACUGAUUAAUAAGUGAUAUCAAGUGUCAAUAUAUCUUAUAAUUCUUUUCUGAAAUAUUAAGUGAAAUUGAACGUACGCCUGUGAAAUAUGGAACGUGUAUCUAAUUGUGUACAAACUGUGCUUGGUGAAAAAGAUGCAAAUAAGCUUGGUAGAACGCUUACGCACGAGCAUCUGGCCUUAUCUUUUACUUCUUUCUAUGUUGAACCACCUAAUCAUUUAAAACGAUUUCUUAAUGAUAAAAUCGAGCUUCGAAAUGUUGGAAUUUUGAAACAGUAUCCUUACAGUAGUUUGUAUAAUUUAACGUUUAACGAUACGGAUACAAUUGAUGCUAUUUUGGAAGAUGUGAAGUUAUAUCGCGAAUUUGGCGGUGGUAGCAUCGUAGAAAAUAGCAAUUACGGUUUGAAUCGUGAUAUUCCAAUGAUGAAAAGAGUUAGCAAAGAAAGUGGAGUUAACGUGAUCGCUGGAACAGGCUAUUACGUUGCUGCUACUCAAAAUGCAAGUGAUCUGAAUUUAUCCAAAGAAGAAAUGUACAAUAUAAUGUUGAAAGAGAUGACCGUUGGUUGCGAACAAUGUCCCGACGUGAAAACAGGAUUUAUCGGAGAAGUUGGAAGUACUUGGCCGAUCGAAGAGUUUGAGAAAAGAGCAAUCAAAGCAACAGGAGAACUUCAAGCGCAAUUAAAAUGUCCCGUUAGUUUUCAUCCUGGAAGAAAUUGUGCGGCACCCUACGAAAUAAUGAGGCUUUAUCAAGAAGCAGGCGGUGAUGGCAGUAAAGCGAUUCUCUCUCAUUUAGAUCGAACUAUUCGUGACGAACAACAGCUUUUGGAGUUUGCCGACACGACGAAAUGUUAUUGUCAGUUUGAUCUAUUUGGAACUGAAUGUUCCUUUUAUCAGUUGAAUCCACUGAUCGAUAUGCAAUCGGAUGCACAACGUAUAGAUCGCGUAAAACUUCUUCGGGAUGAUGGAAAAUUAAAUCGCGUGCUUCUCAGUCAGGAUAUUCAUACUAAGCACAGAUUGAUAAAAUUUGGUGGUCAUGGAUUUUCUCACAUAUUAAAUAACGUUUUACCAAAAAUGAUACUAAAAGGUUUUACUCAAGAAGAAAUUGAUACGUUAACGAUUCAUAAUCCAAAGACAUGGUUGUCAUUUUAAUGAUCUCUUAUCGUUAAUAAAGAGCGUCAAGAGUGUUUUAAAUCUUAUUUUACAUUUUACACUUUUGUAAAUAUCGGCUCAUUAAAUAUAAAACUCGCAAACUAUAAAUCAACUUUUUUAGUCAACAGAAAUAAUAUAUAUUAUCAAUCACUUUACUGGCGACGUGUCAAUAUUAUUAAAAUAGAUUAAAUUCUAUUCAAAUAUAGUAAAAAUUAUUUUAUGAUCAAUAUAAAAAUAAAAAUUUUGAUCGAUUUAUUUUCCCUAAGUUGAUUAAAAUAUGAAAUUGCAACGCUAAUUUCUUAGUUUUACAAGAAAUGAAGUACAUUUUGAACAGAAAAUAAUAAUCUAUGUAUUACUUUUCAUCGUCGUAGGUAUAUCAACAGACGAUUUAUGAAUAUAUACAUGUAUUACCUAUAUGAUAACUAUUGUAUGUAUAUCAAAUUA